AAGUAAUUUUCCCUUAACCGUACUUUUCCCUCCUCUCUCUCUCUCUCUCUCUCUCACUUCGAAACUCUCUCUAUACACAGUCACAGAAAACCUUACUUGUCUGAGACACCGGAAAUGGUUGAUGAUGACUGGCCGGAGUGGCUUCCAUCGGGAUGGACGAUACAAAUCAGAAAGAUCGCUGGACGGAAGGUCAAGUGUUACAUUGAUCCUGAAGGACACAAGUUCUAUUCGAAGCCGCAAGUGGAACGGCAUCUUAACGCCAUCAGAAACAGCAUAGUAGUGACUAACAAUGCCGAUGCCUCAACUUUAGACUUAUCUCUAGAGCCAGAUGAAACUGAAGGGCUUUUAGCUUCUAAGCCUAAACGUGGAAGAAGAAGAAAAAGCGAAGAUUCUAAUUGGCUACCUGAUGGAUGGAAUGUGGAAGUGAAGUAUAGAAGUUGUGGAAAAGAAUAUAAGGUUUUCAUGGAUCCCAUCAAUGGACAUAAAUUCUUUACAAAGCAACAGAUUCUGAAAUAUCUUGCUAAUAAGGCCAAUACAAACAGCAGUCCAGCUGAACAGAAAGAAGGUGAUAAAACCCCUAUUAAACCUGAGGAGUCCCAGAUUACUGAACCCACUGAAGCCAAGAAGACGAAUGAAACCAAAGCGAGUUCAGCAAUUACAGAAAGCACCCGCAAGUCCCCCGACUAUGAAGUUAUCUCAAGAACUCCUGCAGAUGGGUUGCCUCCAGGAUGGAUAAAAGAAAUCAGAGUGACACAACAUGGAUCCGAGAAGAAAAAAAAUUCGUUAUACGCAGACCCUUUGAGUGGAUACAUAUUUUUCUCAAAAUUGGAUGCUUUGUGUUGUUUGGAUACUGGAGGAGACAUAAGGAAAUGUGCCAUGAGACCAUUGAGAAGGGAUAUGAGUCGAGAAAUCAAUAGUUUGAAACGAAGCAAGACAUCUGACUCAAACGAUCAUACAUCAUCAUUGAAGGUUGAAGAAUUUGAAAGGGAUAAAGCAAAAAAAGCGGCUUCAUUGUUACAAAAUUUGGGCCCACAAGAUGAAAAGAUUGAAGAAUUAGUUGAUAGUAUAAAGAAGUUUAAUUCUACUUAUGAUGAACACUUGCAGUUUGAGAAAGAAAAGUUUUGGUCAAGAGUACAAGAACGUGAAAAAGAACGGGAUUUGAAAAUAUUAACCACCAACACUGAGCAUUUAACGGAAACGGCUCGUGACACGAUUCUAGCGAUGCAAGCGGAGAUAGAGAAAAAGUAUCGUGAUAGUGGGAUAUCUGAAUUCGUUCACUUCGAUUUCUCAAGUGACAAAACAGAAGAUCUUCCUUGGGUAAUGUGGAAUUGCAGAAAUCUACUUUUCGCAUACAAGGGUAAAGCUGAUAAAAAGGCAGCAGUUGAUAUUGCUGCAUGGACAUUCAACAUAGUCACUUCUGUUGGGAUCAUCAUCGUGAACAAAGCUUUAAUGGCAACAUAUGGUUUCACAUUUGCAACAACAUUAACAGGAUUGCAUUUUGUCACCACAACCUUGAUGACUAUUGUUCUUAGGUGGUUGGGUUACAUCCAACCCUCUCAUCUACCCAUUGCAGAUCUUCUCAAAUUCGUCCUAUUUGCUAACUUCUCCAUUGUUGGAAUGAAUGUCAGUCUUAUGUGGAACUCUGUGGGAUUCUACCAGAUAGCAAAACUGAGUAUGAUUCCUGUAUCCUGUUUAUUGGAAGUUGCAUUUGAUAAGAUACGAUAUUCAAGGGACACAAAGCUCAGUAUUUUAAUUGUUCUUCUGGGUGUUGCUGUAUGCACUGUUACUGAUGUCAGUGUUAAUACUAAAGGUUUUGUUGCUGCCUUUGUUGCAGUAUGGAGUACAGCUCUCCAACAAUAUUAUGUGCAUUACCUUCAAAGGAAGUACCAGUUGAGUUCCUUCAAUCUGUUAGGACAUACUGCCCCAAUCCAGGCUGGAUCCCUACUGUUAGUGGGCCCCUUUGUUGACUACUGGUUGACCAACAAAAGAGUGGAUGCUUUUAAGUAUAAUACAGUAUCUCUGAUAUUUUUAAUUCUAUCGUGUACGAUUGCAAUUGGGACAAAUCUAAGCCAAUUUAUAUGCAUCGGGAGGUUUACAGCCGUCACAUUCCAAGUCCUAGGUCACAUGAAAACAAUCCUGGUACUGAUGUUGGGUUUUAUCUUCUUUGGGCGUGAGGGUUUAAACCUUCACGUGGUAAUUGGAAUGAUAAUAGCAAUCAUGGGAAUGAUUUGGUAUGGGAACGCGUCAUCAAAGCCAGGUGGCAAAGAGAGGCGUAGCUAUUCCCUUCCGAAAACAAGUCAGCCCAAAAAGGACUCCCUUCUAGAAACUUCCGAGACAGAUGAGAAGGUGUAAGGUUUUUUCAGGAGUAUCAUAUAGAAAGGAAAGGAAUAUUUUAAAUUUUUUUUUAAUUGUUAAAUCAACUGAUGGAGACUAUACGAAGGAAGAAGGUUAUGUUGCUAGAAAAUUUGUCGGUUAAUCGGUUGUUAUUUUUAAGUUAUUAUUAUAUACGAUAUGAUUUUUGUAUGUCAUUUUUAAAUGUUAUGAUUUGGAGGACUUGAAGAGGGAGGAGGAUUUGUCUGUUUUUUUUUUUUUUGGAAAACCUGUG